AUGGAAGGGUUGAAUAUUGCAAUAAAGGAAGCUGUGGCCAAAGGUGUCUUUCAAGGUAUAUCUAUUCCAAAUUCUGAUAUAAAAGUAUCACAUCUAUUCUACACGGAUGAUGCCCUUUUCAUUGGCGACUGGUCUAGUCAAAAUAUUAAAAACCUUGCAAGAAUUCUUAAGUGCUUCCAAGUGUCUUCCAACUUAAGGGUUAACUUUAAUAAAUCGACAGUUUUUGGCAUAUGUGUUAAUGCUCAAGAGGUUGAAAAUGGAGCAUUACCGUUAGGAUGUGAGCCUAGUGCAAUACCAUUCCCUUACCUUGGGAUGCCAGUGGGGAGGCAUAUGAACAGGAAAAUCUCCUGGAACUUGAUACUUGAAAAUUUUAGAAAUAAACUUUUUGGAUGGAAGGCAAAGACCUUGAGUUUUGGUGGGAGGAUGACUCUAGCAAAGGCAGUUUUGGGUAAUCUCCCCACAUUUUAUUUAUCAUUGUUUGCUGCUCCAUCGGGGGUUAUUGAGGCUUUAGAGAAAAUCAGGAGAAAUUUCAUUUGGGGAGGUCCAGAAAAUGAAUCAAAAAUUAAGUGGGUGGCCUAG